UUCGCAUGCUUACGGAUGAGCUCUGAAGAACUACGGGAUCUCGUUGACUUUGUGACUCCAGACAUGAAGCGCCGGACAUCAUCACAGAACUCUGGUGUUGGAGGCAGUCCAAGUGAUUGUGACAUCAUGGCAUCAGGAUCUCUAGAUGUCACAUGCGCUAGUGAAACAUCAGAAGCAGCAGAAGAAUGUUCAGCGAAAAAGAAGUCCAAAUUCCAGACGUUCAAGGAUUUUUUUGUGAAGAAAAAGAGGAAGGACAGUCCGACCCCGUUGGGAGGGAGCGUUUUAAAAGGCAGUCAAUCGAUCGAUGACAUCAUCUCUACAGAAUCGCCUGUUGUCCAGACUCUUAAAGUUAAUGAGUUGGGACACAAAGCCAUGUCACAUGACAGCGUCUUCGUCUCUGAUUCGCCUUCAUCCGAGGCACUAGCAUCUCAGGACAGCAUUCAUGGAAAAGUGAAAUCUCUACAGCAGCAGCUGGAGCAAACGAUUCGUCUGGGUUCUCCUCCAGCGCUCAUCUACGGGAGGAAAGCUGAGGAUACAGGAGCUUUCUCUGAUGAUGAUGGUCUUCCCUGCAGUCCUCCAGAAUACUCCAGCCUACACACUGUGCUGGCCUCAACUCCUCAUACGACGUCACAUUUGACCCAAAGGGGCAGUUGUUUGAGCAUGGAGACAUCUGACAGCGAUGAUGAUCAGAUGUCAUAUGACAGCUCUUCCAGACCCAGCACCCCUCAGGCUCCCGUCCCAGCAGACUUCAGUUUACCAGCCAGCUCCGACGGCUGUUUAGACAGCACGGCUGCCCGUCACCGCAUCGCAGUCAAAGCCAAAGCCUGCACCAGGAGAAAGCCAGUCAGCCGGCACAUGUUGGAAAACAAGAGACGAGACCCGAGAGAAAAACUGCUGCUAAGAGAGACGGAGGACAAACUACGGAUAGUUACAAUCAUCGUAGAAGAGGAAAGUGAAUAUUUACCCAUGAUUCCUGAUUCACACAACAAGACCCGGGAGUCAAAGACAUCCUCCUUUACUUCUGAUCUUGAAGACUUGCCUGACUCCGCCCAGUGUCAAAAAACACCUCCAAAAUCCUCAGCUGGAGACGUCUCUGAAGAAGGGGAACGUGUUUCUGAUGAGGAUCAGCCUGAGGGCUCGGCCUGGGAGAGUCCAGUGACACUUCAACUACAGACUGAUGACUUCCUGCUGGACACAGGAUGUGAGGUCAUUCCUAAGGAUCAGGGGUCAUUGCUGGAGGAAGUCUUGAGCUCCCUGAAGAGUCCUCUUGUGUCAGGACUUGCACUGGAGAAUGAUAUCAUGAUUCCUCAGAAUGAGGUAGCAGAAGUGAAAACUGAGAGUGUGGACGCUCGACUCCAAGAGAAAGCCAACAGAGAUCUCUCAGAGUCUAAGGUUCCUCUCUCUGAUUCGCUGUCAUUUUCAGAAGAGAUUACAGAAGAGACUUCAGAAGAAGAGUCAUUAGAAGUGCCUAGAAAAGAGACUAAAGCCAAUGUGAAUAUUAGUGCGAAUGCCAAAGAAGAAGCAGCAAAGACUGAGUUGAAAGAAAAGACAGAAGAUUUUGCCGUGAAUGUGAAGGAUUAUGUUGAAGUUAUUGUUGAGGACAAAUUGGAAAGUAAAACCAAAGUUGAUGCAGAUAAGAAGAUCAGUGACCUGACAGUGGUGGAACCGGAGAAGAAAGAUGUUGGAGAACCUCGAGACGUUCAAAGACGGUCAACUCCUGAACCAGAGAAGGCUGCGACUGCAAAUGAUAUUGAAAACAUUACUUUGACAUCUCAGACAGUCAGAGCCAACGUCUUAAACUCAGAGCGGCCGGUUGAGGUCAUUUCUUCUACAGCGACUCACAAGCAAGACAGUCCAAUCCUCCAUUCUCCACUUUCCAAUACGUCAGUGUAUCUUCUGGAGAAGGAAGAGGAACCCGGUAAGCGCCGUGUGUCUGGUGGGCUUCAGGAAGUAAACCUCGAUGUUAUAUCUGAACAGAAGGAAGUUCUCGAGUCAGAGCAGACCGCCGGCGAUGAGGUUCGACCUCGGUUCACCAUAGCCCCUGCCUGGCAACGGUCUUUGACUACUGGGGUUGUCAGAGAGCAGCUCCAGAUGAUCUCACCAGGGGUUUCAGAGACUGAAGGGACUAAAGCGUCCGAUGAAUCUCCCCAAACAAAUGAGUCUUUCACACCGCCAAAAGAGGAACGUUCCAAACCGGCCCGAACUCACAGUACACCGUCGUUUCCCGUAAGAAAAGAGAAAUCCCAUGUUCAGGAAGAGUCUACCUCAGGGAACCGUUUUGGAGUGAGGUUGAGAAAGACCGCUGUAUUGCAUCGAUAUGGUUUAGAUGGAGAAUCGACACGGACCUCUUCGCAAAAAGGCCAGGAAGAGUCAGAGAUCCUAGAGAGUCCGGAGACCCCAGACAUUGACCAACACAGAAGGAAGACGGUGGUGCCUAUGAAGUCUGAUCUGAUAGUUGAUGCAGUGAUGUCUAGCAGGAAACUCUCAGAUCCGGCGAGUCGAGUUUCUGUUGGUGACACAGAGUCUCCAAGCUGGAUCUCUAUGGCGAGGCAGAAGCAGAGGAACUUCAUUGACAACUCUCCAGAGACCUCUCCGGAGAAACAUAACUCACAGGAGGAUCUUAAACGGCCAGAUUCACUGCCCAGCUUACCAAAUUCAGUCACCCAAGAGCAACUUGCACAGCCAUGUAUAAAAGUGUUCUGCUCGAUGGAGAUAUCCAACCCGUCGAUGGUGGAGAAGGAGAGUAAGAGGACCGCUAUCCCAUCCACUGCACCUUUAGCUCAAGAUGAGCCUCCCUGGAUGGCCUUAGCCAAGAAGAAAGCCAAGGCAUGGAGUGAAAUGCCUCAGAUCGUUCAAUGAAGGACUCGGCUGGCAUAUGGCUUCAGCAAAAGACAAUUUCACUUCAGUGGCUUACUCCUUUAUAUUUUUGUAACACCUACAUAAUGUGAGCAGUAAUAGAAAACUUGUACAGACUAAUUUUGCUUAUUCAGAACUUGUCUGAUAUAAAGAAAACGUAAGCAUUGGGUAUAUGCGUAAUAUCUUAAUCAUGAUUUGGUUCACUGCAGAAGUAUACAUUCAUGUAAAUAGGAUCUUCUAACAUACAGUUAGAAAAUGAAAGAAAUCCUGAUGAGUUUUGUUAUUAACAAAAAAAAAAUGCAUUCAUUUUGUUUAACCUGCAGAAUUACGUUUGCAUAUUUUGAACCUCCAUCAAUGUUGUCUUAAUUUAGGACUGAAUGGAUACCUUCACUGCUCACUACUAAGUAACAUUGGUAUGAAAUAUUUUAGGCUUUUAAGUUAAUAACAACACAGUUAUUAUGAGCUGAUGGUAUCUUUGUAUUUAUUUAUCUCACUCUGGAAUGUUUUAUGUAUUUUCGAUUUAUUUUUCUAUUUACAUACAGUUUGUGACUUGUACAUAAAAUAUAAAGUACAGAAAAAAUAAAUCAAGAAAAAUAAUGAA